AUGGCUAGUCAAAGUGUUCCCAUGGACGAAUUAAAACAUGAUUUGCAAGUUGAGCCUGAUCAUGGUGGGACUUGUAAUGAAAAUAUUACUGAUAUGGAUGUGGUUGUUGAAGCUGAAUUAAAAAUAAAUGGGGACAUCGAUGUCACAAGAGAUGAUGAAGGGGUAAUGGAACCUAAUGGUGAUGGUGCGCAAGAUACUGUUGAAACUGAAGGUGCUGUUGUUGAUGCUGAUAAAGAGAAUGAUGUUCCUGAUGUUACUGAGUCCAAUGGGUUCAAGUCCAAUGGCGAAGUUGUUAAAAUAUCGACUAAUACACCAACUCAAUCAGAUUCAUUGACUAAAAAACAGGGCAAGACUAAACGUCGCUCAAGCUCAUCAUCGUCUUCAAAACACAAGAGAUCCAAACCAAAGUCAGCUACAGCAACAACUACAAUGACAGUGUCCGAAUCGACUAAACCUUUAUUGUUUGGUCUUGCGUCUUACAAUCAACAUCAAAUAAGGGAUCCAAUUGUGGCAUUUGAAACAUCACUCGAAUCAACUAGGGAUUGGAUCACUUGGUUACGUUUAGAAUUGAUUGAAAUUGUGUUUGAUUCAACCUGGGACAAACCGGUUGAAGAUGAAACAGCAAUGUUGCAACAAAAUUACUACUCGUGGAGUCAAGUGAUUGGUGAAUUUAUUUUGAUUGGGUUUACGUUGUCUGACUAUGCGUUUAGGUUUACAGUGGUUUUACUUGUUUCGGUUGUUAAAUUGUAUUUGCACUUGAUGCGUGGAUUGGUUGGUACGGGGUUGAAAAAGAUUGGGCUUGCUAGGGGUUCUGUUGCGCUGAAAUGA